AUGUCAGCUUCCUUCCUUCUUGUGACCUUUGGUUUCUUGAAACCAGACUUGUUAAGCAUGUUCUUCAACAAUUAUGAGCUGACAUUGAUCUUCCAGGAUGUUGUCAUCCUUCAGCGCAUUGUUGCAGCUGUGAUCUGGGACAACAUGGUGGCGUCGUCGGAUCUGAUCGGUCGAUUCUGCGGCUCCACGUCUCCUCCCCCUAUUGCGGCUUCUAGCAAUUGGCUCUACAUUCGCUUUGUCACCGACGGGAUGAACGAGUUGUCCGGGUUCACCGCCACCAUCUCAAACAUCGACUUGCCGUGUGGAUCUGUGGCCCCCAUAAACGUUACGACGUCAGUCGGAGAGAUCUCUUCUCCGAACUAUCCUGAUAAUUACCCGGUGAACACUAGAUGCCGAUGGGUCCUCGCUGCCCCAGAGGGUCAGCAGGUGACCUUGACCUUCAAGACCAUGGACAUCGAAAGGAGCAGCAGCUGUGCCAAGGACGGACUCAUAGUCUCUGAUGUCUUGCCCGAUUCCUCAACGGGAGUGUAUGCGAGUCGGGGAGACAGGCCAGAGGCCAGGAUGAUCUGGUCCCCAUACGGGAUGGGCCAAUCGCACGUGUAUUGCGGAGGGGACGUUCCGCCGGCCUUCCAGUCGAUCGGCAACACCGUCUCCAUCAACUUCUACAGCGACUCUGGGAACGUGGCGAAGGGGUUCCGCGUCCAGUUCAUCACCACGCCUGUGCCUGGGUGCAACGUGACCUACGAGCACGGGAACGGCCGGAUCCGGCACCCGGGCUGGCCCGGCGAAUCCCCGCAGGGCAUCAUCUGUUACAUGACCAUUCGGACUCCCCCCGGGACUCGGAUCUCCGUCUACCCCAGGGCACUCAUCAUCGCAAGGGGGAACAACUGCACCGAUUCCGUUCUUCAGUUCCGAGAUGGCGUGGAAACCACGUCGCCGUUGCUGCUGUCGCACUGCGGCUGGGCACCGCGCCGAUCGGUCUUCUCGACGGGGAACGCGAUGCAGCUGCUCUACAAGACGCCGGCCACGUCGUUUCAUUCCUAUUUCGACCUCACUUUCACCUCCACUGACCGAGGUCAGGGUUGUGGCGGAGCAUUCCAGGAAAUAAGCGGAUACUUUACUAGUCCCUUUUAUCCGGGACCUCCAAACAGUUCUGUCGACUGCCGAUGGGCAGUCAGCGUCCCAGCGAACUACCUCGUCCGCCUUACUUUCACUGACUGGGCUUUCGGACCUUCGGGUUCUUGCGACACAAAUUUCAUGGAACUGUACGUGCCAAACCCUGGGAUUGGAGAAUCUGCACUGUUCUCUCGCUUCUGCGGGGAUGGAUUCCCUUGCCUGGAUCAUAGAAGGAAUGAAUCUGCCACCUCUGUGAUACCUGCCAUUCUCAUCAGAAGAGAAUGGGUUUACGAAGCUUGCGAAAAUGUGGAGAAACCUUAUUAUUACCCCAAAGCGGGGAGAGAUGUUCGCAGUCCGUCUCCACUAUCAAUUGGCCGACUGAUUUCAUCUAUCCCCGGCAGCGCCUAUAAUGAAAAUGAAUAUGAGAACUGGGGGAGAGAGAGCCUGGAGACAUGUUUCCCAGAGUUGGAAGAACCAACUCUCGGAGACCAGCCAGAUGAGGAGCUCGAACAACUGCAGCCAAUGGGAACAGAAUUGGAGGAACUCCAACCGGUGGAGGUGAAGCAACUAGAACCUGAGGAAUUGUAUGGCUACCUUAAGGGGAAGACCAUUGUUCCAUAUGAGACAGUGAUCCAGCAGAACAUUUCAUCUGCAAAUACUCUGGUGCUGGAGGUGCCAGAGGUGCCAGACACUAUUGGCCAUGGCUUCCUGCCUCGUUCUGAAUCUCCCAGCAGCAAUUCAUCCUCUUCUGAUGGUGCUAGCACUUCUCAGGAGGAUGAGAGAGACUCAGGGAGCACAAGUGAUGAUGAUGCACCACCUCCCAAGAAGCGAAGGCGUCCCAAGCUGGACAAGUCUGAUCCGAAGUAUGCCCUCAUACGGGUACAGAACAAUCAAUCCUCGAGAAAAUGUCGGCAGAAACGGAAGCUCAAGAUCCAGGAAAAGGAGGAGGCCCUGCAGGAUCUGGAGGAGAAAAUGGAAAAGACCACGUACUGCACCGUUUACACCGACGAAUAG